CACUUUAUCACUCUCGUCAUUUCGAAAAGAAAACACCAAAAACUCGCACCGGCGACUUCUCCGGCGAGCUCUCCGAUCUACGGUCAUCUCAGGGUUUCUAAGCUGUUUUUGAUUUUGAUGAUUGAUGGAGCUGGAUAUGUGUUGAUCGGUGAUUGAACAGGAAGAGUACAAGGUUAGGGACGAUGAGUGAGGUAUUCGAAGGAUACGAGCGCCAAUACUGCGAGCUCUCGGCGAAUCUCUCCAGGAAGUGUACGGCAACUGGUGCUCUUAAUGGCGAGCAAAAGAAACAAAAGGUUUCUGAGAUAAAGGCUGGAAUUGAUGAAGCAGAAGCUUUGAUUCGGAAAAUGGAUCUCGAGGCGAGAAGUUUGCAACCUAAUGUCAAGGCUGUGCUUCUUGCUAAGUUGAGGGAAUAUAAAUCAGAUCUGAACAAUCUGAAAACCGAAGUCAAGAGAAUUGUAUCAGGCAACUUAAAUGCUGCAGCCCGAGAUGAGUUGUUGGAAUCAGGCAUGGCAGAUACACUCACGGCAUCAGCUGAUCAGAGAACAAGACUGGUGACAACAACAGAGAGAUUAGGCAAAUCUGGUGACAGAAUUAAGGAAAGUAGAAGAACCAUGCUGGAAACAGAGGAGCUUGGUGUUUCAAUUCUUCAAGAUUUGCAUUCUCAGCGACAGUCUCUCCUGCAUGCUAAUAACACGCUGCACGGAGUGGAUGAUAACGUAGGAAGGAGCAAGAAACUUUUGACGAACAUGUCAAGGAGAAUGAGCAGGAACAAGUGGAUGAUUGGCUCCAUAAUUGCAGUUCUUGUCAUUGCUAUUGCCUUGAUCUUGUACUUCAAACUUAAAUAGUCAGGACAUGUUCUCUUGUUGGGCUUGUGGGUGUCUCUGUGGCACACCGAUUUUUUAAUUUCUUCUUAUAUUGUGCUUGGCUUGGUUUUUCUGGGAGCGUGCAAUGAGUGAUAACGUAAAGAUAUUUAGCUGUUCAGUAACAGCGACAUGGUGAUUUGCUAUGUUCAUCAUUGAAUGUAUAAUGUGUUCUGCAUUGUAACUUUUGUUAUGUAUGGAAUCGUGGUUCCUCUAUGAUGAGUAAAUACAAUGCGGAGUAUAAUUUUCAAAUCAU